ACCUGUAGGACAAGCUGGUCCUAAAAGUGGAGGAGUAGUGUACACUCGUUGGGGAAGGAAGUCCUGUCCUGCUGGAGCUGAACUACUGUAUGAGGGGAUAACUGGAGGUAGUCGCUGGGAUUCAUCAGGAGGAGGAGCUAACUAUGUCUGUUUACCAAUAGUUCCUCAAUAUUUGAGUACGAAUGAACCAACUUGGUAUUCUCGAAUGUAUGGUACUAAAUACGAACAUGUUAAUGAUAUAUUUCCAGGAAAGGAUAAUCAUAAUGCUCCUUGUGCAGUAUGUUAUACAUCUACUAAGAGUGUUAAACUGAUGAUUCCUGCUAAAACUAGAUGUCCUUCAUCAUGGACUACAGAAUAUAAAGGAUAUCUGAUGACUAAUUACUAUGGUUAUAAAAGCAAUAAAGUCUAUGAGUGUGUCGAUGAAAAUCCUGAAUCUAUUGAUGGCAGUGGUGCUGAUGUGCAAACUGCGGCUCAAAUUUGCUUCACAAGGUCAACCUGUAAUGGUCUACCUUGUCCACCUUAUGUUAGCAAUAGAGCUAUUACUUGUGUUGUGUGUACUAAGUAA